CCAUCCUAGAGGACAGAGCGAUGCGGAGACAAUAGGACGCAGAGCCGGAGGAGGCUGCAGGAUGCUCGACACCACAUCCACCGACGCUGCUCGGAGGCUUCUCGCUGGACACCGAUAUCAGACGUUUCUCUGGGCUCACCUGGUCUUAGUAUGUGCUCACAUCUCCCCGUGUGUUUACCAGUAGCAGCCUGGGCCGACAGGGCGGACUUCACAGUCUCCAUAUGGGUAUCAACUGAAAGUGACGCCAGCUGUUAGCUGCUAUUGCUGCUUCUGUCCUACCCGAGUCAGUUUUUUUUGCACCCUGAAGCAGUCCGCACCAUGACCUCCUCUCCGCUGGUUUCUCGAGCCAACAUGGACAUCCUGGAUGAGCUGCAGCUGAUUGCUGCCCAAAAUUUGGAGAGACUAGAGGUCAACAAGUACUACGAGGUGAUCAGAGAGCUGGGCAAGGGAACCUAUGGCAAGGUGGAUCUGGUCAUUCACAAGAUCAGAGGUACAAAAAUGGCACUGAAGUUCCUGAAGAAGAAGACAACCAAGCUGAAGUCAUUUCUACGGGAGUACAGCAUCUCCCUGUACCUGUCUCCGUGCCCCUUCAUCAUCAACAUGUUUGGCAUCGCCUUCGAGACCGACGAGUACUACGUGUUUGCACAGGAGUACGCCGUGGCGGGAGACCUCUUCGAUAUAAUUCCUCCACAGGUCGGUCUUCCUGAAACAGUAGCAAAGCGCUGUGUACACCAAGUAGCCAUCGCUCUGGACUACCUGCACUGUAAGAAGCUGGUCCAUCGGGACAUUAAGCCUGAAAACAUCCUCAUCUUUGACCGAGAGUGCCGCAAGGUCAAGCUCUCUGACUUCGGAAUGACUCGCCGGGCCGGCUCACCAGUGAAAAGAGUGAGCGGCACCAUCCCCUACACAGCUCCGGAGCUCUGCGAUGUGUCCCGCCACGAGGGCUUCUGCGUGGACUACAGCACUGACGUCUGGGCCUUCGGUGUGCUGCUGUUCUGCAUGCUGACCGGUAACUUCCCUUGGGAGAAGGCUCUGCCCUCUGACUCUUUCUACCAGGAGUUCAUCCGUUGGCAGAGGAGGAGGACGAACACGGUGCCGUCGCAGUGGAGGCGCUUCACCGAGCAGGCCCUUCGCAUGUUCCGCCGCCUGCUAUCGGUGGAGCAGGACCGCCGCUGCUCCGUCAAAGAAGUGUUCGGGUACUUCAGCCACUCCUGGAUGUUAGACGCGGAGAACGAUAACAACAACGGCAACACGGUUGCUGGAGGUGGCGGCGAAAGAGUUAGUGGCGGAGGCGGCGGCGGCGGUGGAGGAGGCGGAGGGGGAGGAGGAGUCCGAGGGGAGGUGGACGGCACAAUCUCGUCAUCAUCGUCCGGGGAAGAAGACGAGGAGCUUCUCGUGGAGAGGAUGAAGCAGCAGACUCUGUCGCCUCGCUCCCCAGUGUCGCCCCUCUCUCCCAUGUUGCCAAUGGCGGUGAAGAGGGGGAGCGGAGGCAGCGGGGCCAAAGGAGGGAUGAUGGAACCCGGCGGGGGCCACCAUUUCGUGUCCGUCUCCACCAACAGCUCCGUGUCAUCCACCAACAGCUACGAUCGAAUGCCCCGAGAAAACGGCUCACCUGGCGGCCGCAUGCUAGUGCCGACACCCAUAGAAAUCUGCGUCUGAGCAUGUCAGGGCUCAGCGGCACACACUUUUAUACCUCUCAUCCAACCACGUAGAUGUUCAUGCAUGGGAAAAAAAACAAAGCGAUAACAAAGUACUAACACGUCUCCUGUUUUAAACAUUGUGGGAAAGGAAGAGCGCAGACACACACGCGCCGGAGGACUUCCGAGGACGUCUUUGUGGAACGCACACAUUCCUCAUGAUUGGUCGAAUGUCCUGUUUUAACACUUGGAAUUCAAGGACACGUUCAAAAUGCAAGUGUAGAAAAAUGAAGAAAAAAACGCUACAUUAGAGAUUUCACCACUAAAUCGAUCUGACAAGAAGACCAAAAUAUAUUCCUUAAAGCAAUACUUGCAGCAAAAAAAAUGAAUUAAAAUAACAUAAAAAGAUAUAAAAGUCAGCAGGAGUCGGGCGGAACUCCUCGUGAUCUCCUCAACACUGAUAAGAAGGUUUUUUUAAGAAGCCAAGGGACAAAAGAUUCAUGUUUUUGACCGAAACAGAGCUCAAGCUAACACCUUACAAGAUAAAAAGACUGACUGAGCCGUGGUUUCAGUGUUUUACUCGUAACAAAAAUAUGAAAGUGUGAAUGUGUCCGUGUGCGUCGCCGUGCGUUUGAGUCUAAAACAAGUAGUUUAAUUUUUCUUUGAGAAUUUUAUUAUUUAUUUGAAUCUUUAAAAAAAAGAAGGAAAAAAAAAAGACUACACAAUCUAUUUUUUCUAUUUUUUUGUAAGGUAGCUCUCUUUGUUUCCCAUUCGACUCAGCAUUGUGAUAUGGUGUUGAGGUAUAGCUGUGUAACAGGUGUGCUAUGCUGCUGUACAUACUGAACACUUGCGCAUUAUGUGAGAUGAUCUACAGCUUUCCUUCAUCUCAGACUAGAUGGAGCGAAGGCGUGCGAUGUCUCUGCUCUUCACCAUAAACAUAUCUACUUCACAGUUGGAAGACUUUUUUCUACUCACUCCUGAAAUUCCGUUUGUAUGGUGUUCCUUUGAAGCGUUUUUCCAAAAGAGAACAAGAAAAAGAUCUGUCUGCUUUGCUCACGUUUUCAUCCAGACCUUCACCUAAAAAUGUGUUUUCUUUUAAACUUUGUCUGAAAAAGAAAAAUGAUCCAAUUAAGUGCAGGGGGGAAAAAAAGCAAACACUCAAGAGUCACUUUUUAUAAACUGCAUGACGAGUAAUUCAAACUUCGAAUCUGAACCGGCUUUAGGAGGAAAAAAAAAGGUAAAAUGUUGUGAUGUGAUUUUGGUUUUUUUGCAGUAGCACAAUUUCUUGCAUCAUGUCCCAGAGUGAAUAUUGCUGUUAUGACCUCUUGAGACAUCCUAGGGCUAAAAGAAAAAUAAUCUGAAUAUACUUACCUAGUUUCUAUCCAGUGUGAUGUAUUUGUAAUGCUAUUAAUGUUGUGUGCUCAUCUCACCACCUUCAGGAACUAAAAAAAAAAUAAGCUAAGCAUGAAGACCGAGCGAGAGAUUUGAAUUUGCAUCAAAUGUAGGGACUUAAAUGUUUUGCUUUUGGAUUUAAAAAACAACAACAAAACUAAUCCAUUCCUUUUUAACUUCAUGAAUAUCAAUUGAAUUAUUUUUCUUUGGGGGGGUGGAUCAUGCGUAGUGUGUGAAUGGAUGUUCUCUGUGUUGCUUUUCAGACAUAAACUGCAUGAAACUGUAUGUGCUAAAGCCCUCUUGUGAAAAACUGCUCAGUGUUUAUCCCGUCACAGGCUGUAGCACUCUAUAGUUGUAGUUAGUAUACCGGUGACAAACAACGCGUCAGUAGCCUCAGCUCGGAUCUGACAGAGGACCAGCUCAGCCCCUCCGCAUGAUGCGUUGGAUCAGCGAGAGAGUAAAUAACUGCAUCUUGUGACAAUCUCUGACCUCAUCGGCAGCCUCCUGAUUCAGAACAAAGGACGGUCCUGAUGCGGACACUGCUCCCCAUCUGUCAACUUCAAGCAGCGCUGCGCUGCGCGGAGUAAACCGUGCGAGCCCAAGCACAUCCCACACUCGCAUGACCGUAUGAAGCUACAUUACCUCAUCGCGUCAUUGUUCCUUUGCAGCGUUCACUCCGAAACCAUCUUUCAACAUUCGCGCUCUUCCCAAAUACACGUGACGUGCUUGAAGCAUCCAUGGCAACGUGCAACGAUAAGCAACGUGAGGAUUCUUGUAAAUAGAGACACGUGGGAGGUUUUAUUGACAAUUCUUGUUACGUAAAAAAGAGCCGACAUCAAAUCAGUCCCUCAGUAGUGCAGACAUUAUUAUUGAUUGGUUUCUGAAUUUGUGUUUUCAGCGUCACCACUUUGCUCUUUCUUGGAAAGCAGAUGUGUCAAGCAAGAGGUGGAUGUUAUGCUUUUUGUCUGUCACAAGUCACUGGCCAAUGAGUGUGGCCUCCAUAAUAAGUGAAACGAAUGAUGUUUUUUUUUCCAUUUACCUCAAAUGACCUAUUUUAGCCACAGGGAUCAUCGCCUGGUGGUCAGUAUAAACAGUUUGGGUUUAAAGCACCUCUUUAAUGGUUUCACUUUUCAGACAUGGACACCUUUAAUACUAUUUCUGUACCUCAGUUAAAGGACCAGUACGUAGGGCUCAGUGAUAUUAAAUGAUAAGACUGCAGAUUGCCAGCAGCUCAAUACUCUUUCCAAGCAUCUAGUAAAACUUCUGGUGACUUUCACCUCAUUUCAAACACAAAAAAUGGCCCUAAUAG